GACGAAGACACUGAAGGUUCAACAAAGAACAUCCUCAAUCAAAACAAGAUUUACAAACUAUAACAAGAAAUAGCCAGAAAAAAUCAUAAUAGCACAUAAAUACUUUUUCAUUUGGUGUUUGAAGCGAGGAUGAGGAGGCUUUAAGAGACGGAGGCAGAUUGAUGAUAUAAAGCAGGAAGGAAGUCCAACAUAAAGAGUGUCUCCUGCAGUCAGAGCAGAUAUCAGAGGAAAAAAGAAACACUGGGAAAUCAUGACUUAAAUUAAUGAGCUCAUACAUAAAUAACAAAUCUGGUAUUUGUUGAUGUCGUGAAAAUGUGUAUCUUGCUGAAGAGUAACAUCCACUCACGAGGAUUAUUAGGAAAAGUAGCAUAAUAAUAAUAACCUGAGGACAGAUUUAACUGUAGCACAAGGACAAAGGAGCAGAAUGAGCCUGAAUGAACUAAACCAGCUGAUUUCAUUCAUGAUCUAAACCGAGUCUCAUCAACAAAGAAUCCUGAAAACUUCAGUUCUUUGUUGUCCAACCAAGACAGAAGAAGAAGAGAAAGACGAGGAGGAGGAAUAAGAAGAAGAAGAGGAGGAGGAGGAAUAAGAAGAAGAGGAAUAAAAAGAAGAGGAGGAGGAAUAAGAAGAAGAGGAAUAAAAAGAAGAAGAGGAGGAAUAAGAAGAAGAGGAGGAGGAGGAGGAAGAAGAAGAAGAAGAAGAAGAAGAAGAAGAAGAAGAAGAAGAAGAGGAGGAGGAGGAACCAGGAACUUUCCUUCUUGGUUUGCGCUUCUCCGUCGGAUCAGUUUGAGGGGGACACGGCGGUGACAACUUGGACGUUGAGGCAGAAGAUCCACGAAGAAGAAGAAGAAGAAGAAGAAGAAGAAGAUGAGCACCAAACAGGUGACCUGCAGGUACUUUCUCCACGGAGUCUGCAGAGAAGGAAGCCGCUGUUUGUUCUCUCACGACCCGACGAGCAGCAAACCGUCAACGAUCUGCAAGUUCUACCAGCGCGGAACGUGCAGCUACGGGGAGCGCUGCAGGUAUGACCACAUCAAACCUUCUUCCAGAGGGGGCGGAGCUUCAGAGGACACAGCAGCUGGAGGGACGUCCCUCCGAGGAGGACCCAAGAGGACACUGGUCCUGAGGGACAGAGCUCUGGGUGUGGACAGUAUUUUUGGAGGUCCUGGUCUGGGUCCAGAGGCGGCGGCGUCUGCGGUGUCCCCAGCAUGUCCCCCGUCCUACGUGGACGCCAUCAGGACGGGUCUCCAGGGUUCUUCACAGGAACCAGGGGGUGGGGCUUAUCGUGACGUCUCCCAGCUGUGUCCCUACGCCGCUGCGGGACACUGUUACUAUGGAGACAGCUGUACGUAUCUCCAUGGCGACCGGUGUGACGUGUGUGGACUUCAGGUUCUUCACCCCCAGGACCCCGAGCAGAGGACGGCCCACCACAAGAUGUGUCUUCUGGCCUUCGAGGCAGACAUGGACAAGGCGUUCGCGGUCCAGCUUAGCCAGGACAAGGUGUGCUCGAUCUGCAUGGAGCUGGUGGUCCAGAAGACAAACCCGUCCAACCGCAGGUUUGGGAUCCUGUCCUCCUGCUGCCACGUCUUCUGUCUGUCCUGCAUCCGGCAGUGGCGCUGCACCAGGACCUUCAGCAACAAGAUCAUCAAGUCGUGUCCCCAGUGCCGGGUUGUCUCUGAGUUCGUCAUCCCCUCAGUGCACUGGGUGGAGGACCAGGAGGAGAAGGACCAUCUCAUAGACGUCUUCAAGUCUGGGGUUGGGAAGAAGGCCUGUAAGUACUUCGACCAGGGACGCGGCUCGUGUCCUUUUGGAGGGAACUGUUUGUAUCUUCAUGCGUUUCCAGAUGGAACCCGAGCAGAACCGGACCGGCCCCGGAAACAGCUGAGCUCCGAGGGCAACGUCCGGUUCAUGAACAGCGUUCGUCUGUGGGACUUCAUCGAGGAGCGAGAGCAGCGCACCAUCCCAGCGUCCAUGGAUGAUGACAUCACCGAGCUGAGGGAGCUCUUCAUGCAGAUGUCGGCGCCGAGUCAGGACGAACCAGAGACUCCAGACCAGUAGAAACACGGAGGGGCGGGGCUAAAAUAAAUCUACUUUAAAUCAUGGGGUCACUGCUGCUUCCUGUUGUUGAAAUCCAGACCCAACAUGUCCAGUUUGAUAAGUGGAACUUUAUUUAUUGUGUAUAAAAGUAAAAACAGAGUCAGUGUCAA